AUGUCAAAUGAUAUUCUGGGACCUUUGCUUUUCGAUUCAUGUGCUUCUAUAUAUAACGAAGAUAUUGAUAUAAUUCAUAUAUUUUCAAGCCACUGCGAUAAACCUGUAACCAUGUCAAAUGAUAUUUUGGGACCUUUGUCCUUCGAUUCAUGUACUUCAACAUAUGUAACCUAUAUAUCUUCAAGUCACUGUGAUAGACCUAUGCUCAUAUCAAAUAAUAAUUUGGAACCUUUACUUUUCGAUCUUUGUAUAUAUGAGGAAGAAGAAGAUAAAUUAGUUGAAGGAGAUGGUAAAUUAGCACUUACUUAUCAUGUACAUAUAGCGCAAAAGCAAUAUUGUAAUAACCAAGAAUUUAUACAUUCAGCUUAUGAACAACUAAACGAUGAUGAAUUUGAUAGUGCUAACGAAACUGAUGAUUUUACAAUUAAAAAUAGUGCUGAAUUUCCUA